AUGUUUAUUCAGAAAAAGGGUGUCCAUGUUGAAAGUCGGUGUUUUGAGUGCUCUGAAUGUGGGAAAUCUUUUACAACUAAUAGCAACCUUCGUAGUCAUCAGAGAGUUCAUACAGGAGAAAAGCCUUAUAAAUGCAGUGAAUGUGGAAAAUGUUUUACCAGGAAUAGCAACCUUCAUAGUCAUCAGAGAGUUCACACAGGAGAAAAGCCUUAUCAAUGCAGUGAAUGUGGGAAAACUUUUACCAAUAACAGCAACCUUCAUAGUCAUCAGAGAGUUCACACUGGAGAAAGUCCUUAUAAAUGCAGUGAAUGUGCAAAGUCUUUUACAUGUAGCACUGGUCUCAAAUAUCAUCAGAGAGUUCACACAGGAGAAAAGCCUCACCAGUGCAGUGAAUGUGGGAAAUAUUUUGUCUGUAGUACUAGCCUUCAUGCUCAUCAGAGAGUUCACACUACAGAGAAGCCUUAUAAAUGCAGUGAAUGUGGGAAAUCAUUUAGCUGGAGCACUAACCUUCGUACUCAUCAGAGAGUUCACACUGGAGAAAAGCCUUAUCAAUGCAGUGAAUGUGGAAAGUCUUUUCCGAGUAGCAGUCGUCUCAAAUGUCAUCAAAGAGUUCACAUAAGAGAAAAGCCUUAUCAAUGCAGUGAAUGUGGGAAAUCUUUUAAAUGUAGUACUUACCUUCAUUCUCAUCAGAGCGUUCACACUGCACAGAAACCUUAUCAAUGCAGUGUAUGUGGGAAAUGUUUUGCCAGUAGUACUUCCCUUCAUACUCACCAGAGAGUUCACACUUCAGAGAAGCGUUAUAAAUGCAGUGAAUGUCAUAAAUCUUUUAGCGGGAGUGCUCACCUUCAUUAUCAUAAGAGGGUUCACACUGGAGAAAAGCCUUAUCAAUGCAAUGAAUGUGGAAAGUCUUUUAAAAGUAGCACUCAUCUCAAAUAUCAUCAGAGAGUUCACACAGGAGAAAAGCCUUAUCAAUGUAGGGAAUGUGGGAAAUCUUUUUCCCGUAGUAUUUACCUUCAUUUUCAUCAGAGCGUUCACACUGCGGAGAAGCCUUAUAAAUGCAGUGUAUGUGGGAAAUCUUUUAGCUGGAGCACUAACCUUCGUACUCAUCAGAGAGUUCACACUGGUGAAAAACCUUUUCAAUGCAGUGAAUGUGGGAAAACUUUUAGAAGUAGAAACGGUCUUAAAUAUCAUCAGGGGUCUCACAGUGGAGAAACCCGUGAUGAGCGCAAUUAAUGUGUGAUAUCUUUCAGUCUAAUUUGUAAAUUAACUAUUCACAAAAGUCUUGAUGUGCAAAGAUUCUUUGAUGUGUAGGAAAUGUAGUUUGUUAGUUAGGAUUUGACAAUUUUAUAAGAUUAUAAGUAAAUUCUCAAUAGUCUGAAUUAUAUCUCCUACAUUUAAUCACCUACAUUAU